AUGGACGGUCGUCUACUGGCCGACCUGAAAGUGGCGGAUUUGCGGCGGGAGCUUGAGAGGCGCCUCAAGGAUAAGAGUGGAGUAAAACAAGUUCUGGUGGAUAGACUCAGAGAGGUAUGGUAUUUAGUAACAGCUCAUCCCCUGAAGGCGCUUGAAGAAGAGGGACUUGAUCCGCAGAAUUAUCGCUUCGGCAUUGACGCCGACCUGAGCAAGACAGACUCUGAGAUUUUGGAGCAGAUGUCAGUAAACGAAGAUGACGGUGAAUUCGUUUUGAACACACUUGACUCUGCUGUUUUCAACUUUCCCCUGCUUUUCCCGGAAGACAAAUCGCCGAUUGGUAAGGGGCUUGGAUCCCAGAGCCACGCAGAUAUUGCUGCGGAAGAACAACCUGAACAGAAGAAGCUCAACGAGGAGUCUGUUCCUUUUGUAGUUCAAGUUGGCGACCAAGAAGAAGACCUGGAUUAUGAUUUGAAAGCGGAUGGCAAUGGCGCUGCACAAUCCAAUUUAGCGCAAACUGAGAAAGCUGAGGAGUGUAAACCUAAAGCAGAGGAAGAGAGCGGGAAGGGAACGGGACCCGGAUCUGGUAUGUUUGAUCCAUUGAGUACGCUGUUAUUUGAUGUGUAGAAAUUCGUAACUUGUGGGUCAGUAAUCUACCGAGGACUGUCAAGGCAGCGGACUUGAAGCAGCAUUUCAGCAAGGCUGGGAAGGUUAGCCGACCGACUACCUCAGUCCAGUAUCCUUCAUAUAGGUUGUAUCCGCCACGGUCGUAAUGAGCACCCGCACUCCUGGAGGAUGUUUCGGAUUUGUGGAGAUGGCCUCUGCUGAUGACGCUGUAGCUGCUGCCAAGAAAUUUGAUGGCAGUGAUUUUAACGGCUCUAAGUUGACCGUUGAAGCGACGGGUAGAAAAGCACCCACCCUUGCUUCCAAGGCAACGAGCAGAACGGAUACUGGUCGCGCAAAGACCAGUCCUCCCAAGACGAAGGCGAAGCGGCCAGCAGCGAAUCGUUUCAUACGAGCACGGAAGUAUGCUUCAGGUAGGUGCUGUCCUGAUUUAUUCACUAUAUACACAGCAAUGAGACGGCGUGGAAUGCGUAUGGAGAGAUCAACAAGGAUGCCUUAUGAUUCAUCGAGAUUGGCUGCACCCCCACCCCGGCCUGUUCGACCAUCAAGACCGGUCCCCAAUUUAUUGGCCUAUCAAUCCUUGAGGCGAGCCAGGAUUUUGGCAGCUUCGCGAUAUGGUCUUGCCCGUGGAUUGCAACAGGUAAUGGAGCGCCCCAUUUUCCGGUCUCGAAUUCCAAGGCCACCUCCGGCUAUGCCGCGCUCAGUGAUGCGCUACAGCACUGAAGCAUGGACAAACAGUGCUCGGUACUUGGCGCCUGAGCGUCGUGAACUGCGGUUACUCUCAAGGCCUGAACCAAUUCGUCGCCCUGAACCCAGACCCCUAUCUGGUGUUGAGCGGCGACGAGCCGGAGAACCGCUCCGCGUUGAGUCGCGUUCACGCCUCACUCCGCCCCCACGUCCAGCGCCUCGCCGAUCGGAGCCACUUAUGCGCCGAGCGAGCCCCCCUCCGCGCCCGAGAAUGCCACCUCCAAUGUCUCCGAUGGAACACAGACGACCACUCCAAUCUGCUCCGCGCUCUCUUGAACACGCACCUCGCUAUGAUAAGUCGAACCGACCAUCUCUGGACACUGGUCGCACAUAUAGCCGCCCAUCUGAUCAAUUACGCGUUCGUCCCGAACAAAGAUCACUGGAUCGAACAGAAUUCAGCCGACCAACCAGAGGAUUAAGCAAUGGAAGAUAUCCCACUCCACCCAAUGGUUCGUUUUCACAGUCGAAUUCGCGCUACAAACCUCAGUAUGCCACACGCGUACCGCAAUCGGGUCCACGAACUCCGCCCAGCCAUCCCGGGUCCAGAGAUUCACAGUCUCGACGAGACUAUCGGGGUAUGAGCCGUAGUCCACCCAGGUCAAGAGAUGCUGCUCUUGUUAGACCAUAUCCUGGCGUUUCACCACAACACAGGAUGGGACGUUUGUCCCCACGUGACAGGAGCCCUAUGCAUGCUGGCGGUUCGGGUGGACCUCGACCGAAAGUCGUUGAUUAUGGACAUCGCUCCGAACCUCGACCUGACUGGUCGCCGUGGCGCGGUAACGGACCGAGCAUACAAACACCUUCAGGACAUACGUGGAAACCUGCGGGCCACUCGAUGGUGUCUAACUAUGGCAGUCGUGGAUCUGGUCGUCGUUAUCCCUGAUUUCUCAACAAUGCAUUUUACUGUGUUGCCACUAAUACAUUCACUGUAUAUUCUAGCCACUGGUACUUUUUAUGGUUACUG